AUGGAAACCCAAUCAGAAACCACCGAAGAAACCAUAGCCAGCAUCAAAGAAAAGCGUCAAGAACUCGAAACUCGCAUUCUUGCCCAGCAUUCAAGCCAGUUGGAGCUCCUCUCUUCUCUUCAAUCUCUGGUUCCUGAUAUCGUUUCUUCUCUCGACCUCUCUCUCCAGGUCGUUUCCUCCUUCAAUGGCCGCCCCUUUACUCCUACACCCAUUCUCCCUGAACCCAAAAACAAACCCUCUAAAUACCCUUUGUUGACCACUAACUCUGUGCCCCACAAACCCCGCCCUAAUCUUCUUCUGUCAGGAGAAGCGAAACCCACGAUUCAGAAGAAUCAAAAUGCGAAGGCGUACCCCGAAUCGAAUUCCGAUCCUAAGCGACCUCGCCAGCAGGACGGGGGGAAGUUCUCGAUGGACGAUAGUGGAAGCCCUUUGUCGGUUGUGCGGUCGAUGGUGGCGGUUUGUUUACUUGAACGGGUGCCUUUUACAACGAUUGAUUCUUCGACGGUGUUGAGGAAAUUGGAGAAUGAUCAGAAGGCUACAGCGGCGGAGAAGGCGGCGCUGCGGGAAGUAGGCGGUGAUUCCGGUGCGAUACUGGCGGUGGAGAUGGCUUUGAGGUCGAUGGCGGAGGAUAGCGGUGGGGUUGAGUUGGAGGAGUUUGUAGUGAGUGGGAAGUCUCGAGUGAUGGUAUUGGGGAUUGAUCGAACUCGGCUUAUGAAGGAACUGCCUGAGAGUGCAAAUUUUCAGUUGCAGGAAUCGAGUUUGGGAGAGGGUAAUUCGAGCCACAAUCAGAAUCAGCAAGUGGCGAGUGGUGGUGCUGUGGAUGUUAAUGGCGGAGUUUUUGGGAUGGGAGGGCCGAUGCCGAGGGCAAUACCGGAGAUGUGGAUGGGGCCUGGAGACCCCAAUAUGCAGGGACUGACGCCCAUGUUUCCGGCAAGUGGACCGGCGGGGGCAAUGCCGGGGGCAAGGGGUGCGCCUAGGAUGAUGGGGAUGAUGGGGAUGCCUCGAGGGAUGGGACUCCCACCAUUGCACAGGCCAUUGAUGGGGCCAAAUGUGCCCAUGGCUGGUCCCAAUUCAAUGCCGCAGAAGCCUAGAACUGAAGAAGAUGACAUGAAGGAUCUCGAGGCCUUGUUGAGCAAGAAGUCUUUUAGAGAAUUGCAAAAGUCAAAGACUGGUGAGGAGCUUUUGGACCUCAUUCACCGGCCAACUGCCAGGGAAACUGCUGUGGCUGCAAAGUUUAAAACUAAAGGUGGUUCACAACUGAAGGAAUACUGCUCGUCCUUGACAAAAGAGGACUGCCGGCGUCAAUCUGGCUCUUUUAUCGCAUGUGAGAAGGUUCAUUUUCGGCGAAUAAUUGCACCACAUACGGACAUCAAUCUGGGUGACUGCUCUUUUCUCGAUACUUGUCGUCACAUGAAGACAUGCAAGUACGUUCAUUACGAGCUUGAUCCAAUUCAAGAUGUGCCACCUAUGCUGAUGGGAGCUGGAUCUAUUCCUCCUCCCAAAUCACUAAAACCUCAGCGAGCUGAAUAUUGUUCGGAAGUGGAACUUGGUGAACCGCAAUGGAUUAACUGUGAUAUUCGUAAUUUUAGAAUGGAUAUUUUGGGGCAAUUUGGAGUGAUUAUGGCCGAUCCACCGUGGGAUAUCCAUAUGGAAUUGCCUUAUGGGACAAUGGCUGAUGAUGAAAUGCGCAAUCUUAAUGUUCCUGCACUACAGACUGAUGGUUUGAUUUUUCUUUGGGUCACUGGACGUGCAAUGGAACUUGGAAGAGAAUGUUUAGAACUAUGGGGAUACAAGCGUGUUGAGGAGCUUAUAUGGGUUAAAACAAAUCAACUUCAAAGAAUUAUUAGAACAGGGCGGACAGGCCAUUGGCUCAACCAUAGCAAGGAGCAUUGCCUUGUUGGAAUAAAGGGAAACCCAGAAGUUAAUAGGAAUAUUGAUACAGAUGUUGUUGUUGCCGAAGUUCGAGAAACAAGCCGUAAACCAGAUGAGAUGUACCCUUUGCUUGAGAGGAUAAGUCCAAGAACAAGAAAGCUAGAAUUGUUUGCUCGGAUGCACAACACCCAUGCAGGGUGGAUAUCUCUUGGUAAUCAAUUGAGUGGAGUGCGAUUGGUUGAUGAAGGGCUAAGAGCAAGGUUCAAGGCUGCAUAUCCAAAUGUGGAGGUCCAACCGGCGUCCCCUCCAAGGGCUUCCAUGGAAAUUGAUUCUGGGGCUGCUCAACUCAGGAGCCCCUUUGCAGUGUCAGAAUCAAAGCCACCAUAUGGGGGGGACCCUACAAUUCCUGAGGUCCCAUAUGCAGCUGCAGCAGCAGCUACCUCAGAUAAAGCAAUUGCAGUAGGAGUUGACACGGCUAACUGAAUCGAAUUCACUCUAAUCUAUACAACUAUAUAUGAGCUUUUACCUCGUUUCUGUAUCAUUUUAUUAUAGUUUUACUUGCGUCUGUAUGUUUCUUUUUCUUUAUUCAUUAUUGUUACUAUUGUUUUUGUAAUGGCGUCUGUAUGUUACAAUGUUUACAUAUAGCAAAGUAGGUAAAAUGAGACGUAGAUGUUAGCCGAUAUAAUUUUGAAUAAGAAUAGAGAAUUUUGUGACGUCUGUCA